UGACCUACUAAGUAAAACAAACAAAAAUAUUAACGGUCAAAGUUAAAAGAAAAAACUUAAAAUGUCAAAUAAAGACGUUUAAAAUGAGAUGUAGGGAGUUAAGUUAUAAAUGGACUAAUGAUUACCCCAAUGCUAAUCCAACCCAACUUGUCUUAUAACUUUUAGCUCGACUGAUGACUUCCUUAUUCCAAGCCAGGUAUUCAAGUUGUUGCUCUUGGGAAAAACCGUUUCACCGGAAGACUCCCAACACAUUUAUGCAAGCUAUAUUCUAUAGAAGUGUUGGAUUUAUCGCAUAAUAAUAUUUUUGGAAUUCUUCCAAGCUGCUUGGGGAUCAUGAGUACCUUGCGAGUGAUGGAUCUUACAAGUAACAAUAUGACGGGUAAUAUUCCGAAUUCAUUAGGUUCUCUAUCACUACUUGAGUCAAUACACUUGCACAACAACAAAUUUAAGGGUAGUCUCCCAGUGUCUUUACAGAAUUUGAAAAGGUUGGUCACCAUGGAUUUGGGGAACAAUUUGUUGACAGGUAAUAUCCCUCUUUGGAUUGGAAAAGAACUAUCAAAACUUAAAAUCUUGAAUCUCCAAUCAAAUAUGUUCAUGGGUAUGCUUCCUCUUGAACUAUGUGAAAUCAAAACUCUUCAACAUUUAAACCUGGCAAAUAAUGUAAUAAAUGGAAGUGUCCCUCAUUGCUUUCGUAACUUAACUGGUAUGAUCAAGGGUGAUAUCGAGUUACCACAAGAAAGUGAUAUAUUUUAUGAAGAAAAUAUUGAAGCUUGCAUAAAGGGCAUUCAACUAAAGUACACUAGCACAAUUCGGUUUCUCAUAUCCUUAGACCUCUCAAGCAACAAAAUUAUUGGUGAAAUUCCUGAUGUGUUGAUGAACCUCAAAGCAUUAACAAAUUUGAAUCUUUCGAGAAAUGAAUUGAGUGGACAUAUUCCUACAAUUAUCGGAAAUCUAACGUCAAUGGAAUCAUUAGAUUUGUCGAUGAACAAGUUGUCCGGUCCCAUUCCUUCAAGUUUAGCUAGCUUGAACACUCUAGGGUAUUUGAACCUAUCAUUCAAUAAAUUAUCUGGCUCAUUACCAGUUGGAAAUCAUUUCCAAACUUUUGAUGAUCCUACUAUGUAUGAAGGGAACACCGGACUAUGUGGAUUCCCACUAUUGAGUUGUAAAGAAAACAAUUUAUUAGACACUCAUGUUGGUGAUGAUAAAGGUGAAAAUGGUUCAGAAUGUAUCUCAUGGUUUUAUGUUGGUAUGGCCCCAGGAUUCAUCGUAGGUUUCAUGGGACUUAUUCUUAGCUUGUACUAUAUUCGGAUUUGGAGGGUAAUUUACUUUGAUGUGAUAGAGAAUGUUUACAUUUUUCUAAUGGUUUCAUUUAUAGUGACUUUCGUUCGACUAAAGAGAGUUUUUCUAAUGAGGUACGAAAUUUUGGUAGGGACAUUCGGGUCAUGAAGCGGAUAUACUUCAAGACUAUGCUUGAAGAUGCUUGAAUUGUAUGUUUUAUUGAAGAAAAGAGGUUUUUGAUGUUUAUUAUUGUUUUUACUAUAAUUUUUAAGAAAGGUAAUUUUGUAUUUCAGUAUUAAUUUUGUUA